UAAAGAUCAUUCAUAUUCAAAACUACACAUAUGUUAUCUAGUAGGAUAGCCGUGCUAAGAAGCAAUAAGGUACAGUCAGUGCUGAUAGGACUUCGAAGCUUUAGCUGUAGUCCCGUUCAACAUAGACUAAAACACAUUUUACCAGAUAUAGUACAUCAAGAUUUACAAGAUUCUUCAAAUAUAGCAUCAAAAUAUGAAGGUAAACAUAAGCAAAUUUUCUUAGACCCAUCUGAUAUUCAUAACAAUGACAACUUUAAAAGGGUAUUACUCAGUUUAAAUAAAUCAAAAGCAGUCACUCGAGUCCUCAGGGAUGAAUAUCUGCAUGAUACUAUUCCAACUGAUGAGACAUUUGAAGUUGAAGAAACUUCUAAUACGUUAAUAGCAAACAUAGAUGGUUUAAAACCAGAUAUUACCAAAGUAAGUAAAGCCAAAUACAAGAAAAUGGCUCAGGAUUUAAAGAAAUCCUUUAGAAGGGAUCAAUUACAACAAUAUGCCUCAGCUAAAUACGAAGAACCAGAACAUAAAUUCAUUAAGAAAAGUAUUAAUGCAACUAAGAGUGUUCUUGCUAAACGUAUAAUUGAAGAUAUUUGGAGGAUUAAAGUAGCCGAAUUCUUAUCAUAUAGUGAAGACUACCUCCUGUCCAAAUCAUUUAAAUUAACUAAACGAGAUUUAUUUAUACUUUUACUGAAUAAUCAAGAAGCUCUUGAACAUAUUCAUAAUUGUGGAGUCAAUGUCACUUUCGAUUCUAAUAAAGAUAUAAUAAAAUUUUCCGGUUCAUCUUCUCAAUUAGAUAAUGCUGAAAUCAAUUUGAAUUCUAUUUUAAGUUCUACAUUCACAGAAACUAUAAAUUUCAUUUCCUUAAAAGUACUCUUGGGAGAUAAAUAUGAUGAGUUUGCUAAGAAAUUAGUCAAAAUUACAGAUGUAUAUUUCAAUCAUAUUAAAGAUGAAAUAUAUGAAGUUACAUCUCCUCAUUAUAAACAACUUAAACGUUUUAAACGUUUGGUAUUAUGGUCAUUGGGUGUAGAUAAACAUAGACAUUUAAGAAAAGAUGUAUUUAUUCCUCAAAGCUUUAUUGACAAUAUUGAUAAAUUAGACUUUUUACCUUAUAAGGAUGAUAUGUGUAUAAGUUGGAAUAAUAGAACUGAAAGUUUAUUCAAAUUAAAAGCUCCAACUCCCGCAAAUGAUUUCCAAAAUGUAUCAUUAGCUAGGGAUUUAGUCAAAUUCUCUAAUGAUUCUCUUGAAUCUACCAACUUAUCCUUUGCUAAUGAAUUCGAUGAAGUGAAAACACUUAGAACUACAGAUGAAGAAGAUGCUCUUUCUUUGUUCAAAAGUAUUAAUGUAGAAGAAGAACCAUCUACUGAUAACGUUUCUGAAGAUGGUUUGAAAACGGAAGAACCUGUAUCUGACUUCAAUAUUAAUGAAGUUUUAUCUGAUGCAGAAAUUGAUCAGCUCUAUAAUACCUUAUUGGAUUUCAAAUAUAGAGAAGAACUUAAAGGGGUUGAACGUGAUAAUUUGAACCCUCCAAUAUUUGUGGCAACACUUGGUCAUAUAUUAUUCAAAGGAGAAGAGUCUACAAAAGCCGGUAUACCCAAAAAGCCAGAGAUUUCUAAGCAAAACAUUACUAAUCUCAAUUAUGGUUUUAACACCAAUGUGGAGUUUGCAAAUUCCAAAGUCCUUACAUUACCAAUCCAUGAUUGGAAUGAUCCAUCAAUUUCAAAAUCAAACCAAUCCUUAAAUGAAGAUCCUAAUACAUAUACAAUCCAACUUCAAUUCCUACCAUCUAUUCCUCUAAAUAAUGAAAAUUCCGAUAUUGGUGAAGAUAUAGAUACUGCUGUGAAUUAUCCUCCAAUUGAGAUUUGGAUAGAUUUGAAUGGACAUAAGACUCCUGAUUUAGAAACCUUCCAAGCUGUAACUGUAGAAGGUGAAAAUGAUGUACAUAUAGCUCUACCAUCAUCCGGUUCAGAUUUAAAGGUUUCUUGUCAAGUAUCUGGGAAUUUGAUAGUGGAGAAGGACCCUAGUGAAUCACUUGAAGCCAGUACCGAUACCGAGACAGAUAUCAAUGUUGAUGUCAAUGAGGCUGAAGCUGAAGCUAAAGUCGAUGACAAUGUAUUGGAAUCACAUAAAGAAAUGCAUAGGUUAUUAACAUCACCAACUGACAGAUAUAGUAGAUUUAAUAGUCAACCAGGUAUUGGUGUAUGGUUAAAGAAAUCGGCUAUGAAUUUUAGAGGUAGAGAACCUAUAUCAAUUCAUCCUGAAUUGGAGAUGAUAAUAAAUGGAAAGACUGUCAAUUAUAAUUUCCUUAGUAUCAAUUAUAGAAGAAAAUUGGAAUUUGAUUUAUCAGAUAAUACUAUGAUUGAACUUAAUACUGUUGAAGGGGGAGAAUUAGGAGGUAGAAAAGUUGAAGUGAAUUUCAUAGGUGAUAUGUCUCAAGAAAUCGAUAAACAACAACUUAAGACUUUAUUAUCGGACGCCAUUAAAUUCAUUAAGGACAUGUAAAAAAGAGGGAAAAUAGAAUACAUAGAUACUUAAUUUAAUUAAUUAAAAUAACACUAAGUUAACAAAAU